GGAACGCCUCCUGGGUGGAGGAGCUGGCUCCUGCCUGCACACGCUGCCGGCGCGGGGCCGGAGGUGCCGAUGGAGCCGCAGUGGCAGUUCCAGUUCCGGGUGAUCAUGCUGGGGGACUCCACGGUGGGCAAGUCCUCGCUGCUGCGGCGCUACACGGAGGGCCUCUUCCUGGAUGCCAUCAACCAGACGGUCGGGGUGGAUUUCUACGUCCAGUUUGUGGAAUUGGAGCCAGGGCUGAGGGUGAAGCUGCAGUUCUGGGACACAGCCGGGCAGGAGAGGUUCAGGUCCGUGACCCGCUCCUAUUACCGCAACUCCGCUGGGGGGAUGCUGCUGUUCGACCUCACCAACCGCGCGUCCUUCCAGAGCGUGCGGCGCUGGCACCGGGAGGUGACGGACACGGUGCAGCCGUCCCGCAUCGUCUUCCUGCUGGUGGGACACAAGAGCGACCUGGCAGCGCAGCGGCGCGUGAGCAGGAGGGAGGCGGAGAAGCUGGCGGCCGCGCUGGGGGUGCAGUACAUCGAGACCUCGGCCAAGGACGCCACCAACGUGGUCCAGGCUUUUCAGAUGCUGACGGUCACCAUCUACCAGGCGCUGCGGACGGGGCAGUUGGCAGCCACCGAGGCCUGGGAUGGGGUCAAGAGCAGUGUCCCGCUGCCGGUGCCGCUCCAGGCUCCGGUGCUGGAGAAGGAGAAGUGGAAGAGCUGCUCUUGCUAGAGGUGGCCACCGGGACCUGCGCGGUGCUGCCCGCUGCGGGGCACAGGAGCACAUUAAACACCCGUGUUCAGCA